GUCCGUUUGUGAUAGUAUGGAAAAGGGGCACAACUCUGCUAAGCGCCGGCCAGCAAAUAAUCACCAUGGAUCCUAGGAUUUCCCUCAUAGGAUACAAUCUACAACUGAAAGACAUCCGACACGCUGAUCAAGGGGACUAUACUUGUCAAAUUGGAGACGGCUCCCAAGGGGACCUGAUACACUCUAUAGAGAUAUUAAUGCCUCCCAGUCUUCAGAUUCUUCCUCCAAAUGGACAAGUAGUUACAAGAAAAGGAGGUCCAGUAUCGUUUGAGUGUAAAACAAAUGGAAAUCCCACACCUACUGUUCAAUGGUCAAAAAAGGAUGGACUGUUACCUUCAGGCCAUCAAGUUGAAACUGGUUAUCUUUUGAAUUUAAACGAAGUUCAAAGACAAGAUGGUGGCAUUUACCAGUGCACUGCUUCAAACGGAAUUGGCCAGCCUGUCACUGGUGAGAUGAAGCUUCAUGUUCUAUAUCCUCCUGAAGUUAGCGUUAUAAGGUCGUGGGUAAAUUCAGGAGAAGGCCUAGAAGCUAAGCUGGACUGCGUAGUUCAUGCGGAUCCCCCCGCUGAGGUAACCUGGUUCCAAGAUUCUUUCGUGCUGCUACCAACAGACAGACGCCUCAUGACCAAAGUUGGAAACACCCACACGCUGACAAUUAGGAACGUUCAAGUAUCGGAUUUUGGAAACUACAGCUGUUCGGUGUCUAACUCCAUAGGAAGGGAUAAGCGGUACAUAGAGUUAUCCGGAAAGCCUGGACCAGCUAAAAUAAUAAGUGGGCAGUAUUCAAACCCUCACGAGUACGACCUCAAAUGGGUUGUUCAAUCGGUGUUUCCUAUAGUCGAGGUGCGACUGUUGUACAGAAAAAUUAUGUCCAACUCCACCUAUCAUUAUCCAGGCCAUUGGCACGAUCUUCUGGUGAAACCAACUCAAAGCUACAACGCUGCUACGAGUGAGAGGACCCAAAAAUACCGUAUUACCAACCUUCAACCAGAUUCUGUAUAUGAAUGUCUUAUCCAAACCAAGAAUCAACAUGGCUACGGAGAGCUUUCGGACUUGCAUCAGUGGUUCACCUCCCCCAGGGGUCGGUACAUUAUGCAGAAUAGUAGUGAAAGACUCAGUGGAGCAGCGUGGCGUCUUAUAUUUCUAAUGAACGUUUUGAUUUUAUGGAGGGUGCAUAUAGGAGCGUUGGGUUAGAUAUUUUCUCGUAUUUUAUACCCAGCCUGUGGGUUUUUGCUGCACUGUUAUGUACAUACUAGUAGCAAAGAUACUAGGUGGCCAAUUUGGAAUGUUUCAUCGUUUCAAUGUUUUAGAUUGUCCUGUUCAUCUUCAAUAUAAAUAUUACGGUAGAUCGAUUUGGUACGUGUAAUAAAGCGGUUACCUUCGAAUUUUUGAAUAUUACCGUUCUCAUUGCCUCUGCUGUGAUCAUAAAUUCUAACCAUCAUUACAAUUAGCAAACACGAAAGGAUUAUUUGAAAACUCAUGCAGAGAAACUGAGAUAUGUUCAGAAGCUGAAAUGCAGAGGAACUCAAUCCAAUCCUAAGCAAAAUAUUCCUAGUACCAUUCAUCAAGAGGUGCAAAUACAGUUACAGGUCUAUUGGAUUGGUUUUCAGCAAAAUUUUCA